AUGGCGCUGGCGUGUGGCAUGGGGUGGGCUGGGCCAGGUUGGGUUACGGUUUGGGUUGGGACCUGGAGAUGCGGGAUGCGGGAUGCGGGAUGCGGGAUGCGGGACCUUAGCUAUAGGAGGAGGCCUUCGGGGUUCGUGGUUCGUAAUUGGACUUUCGGUCGUCGCCCGGUUUCUCAACGUUCGAUUGUUGGCGUUCGAUUGCGCAAAGCAAAUGCUUCUCGAUGCGGCACUGACAGAUUGACGCAGAUCGGCAGCGCGCGAGCGUUUCGGGCGCUUGGAAAAAAUUUUCGCUGGCUACUUUGCGAGCUGGGAUCGCCCUGGGCUGUGUUGGUCGAGUCGUCGUCACUCCAGCGGGGCUUGAGCUCAGAACGAUCCGGCUGGUGGAAUACCGCGCGGGUUGCUGCGCGAGCCGUUCGUCAGCUCGUUCCUGGGGGUGUUGUUGGCCCGCUUGCGUGGGACUCUGGGAAGCAGAAGAAGAAGAAGAUUGCAAUACGUUUUGGGCUGCGAGAGACGAAGGACGGGGACGGCGAGCGUUAG